CAGGUGAAGCAAUUCGAAACCCGCAAGUAGACAGGUUGUUUCGUGUCGUUCCUUAAGCUUACCUUUGAUUUUUAAGAUUAUUUUCAAUCCUGUCCACACCGGUUUUAGGUAAAAUGCUCGACGUUUUUUUCUAUUUAUACCUAACCGGCUUCGGUAACCUGUGCUGUCGCUUACCUGUUUAGCGAAGUGAAAGUAAAUUUUGGCCUCGAGUUAAACUGCGAACUUCAAUUUGACGGUGGUCCAGAAAUGAAUCUUCGGUGUUUCAUCGCCUGCUUCUCUCUUACUUGCUGUCUGGUUUCUGGACAAAAUGCAAAAUAUGUACUGGUUGGGGAGAAAGUCGACUUCCCAGGCUUCAGCGACAAUAAAGAAUCCCCUGCCGACAUUCUGUGGAAGCAUAUAGAAGGACACAACGUACACAAAGUGGUGCAUUUUGAUAGCAGACAAGAACAAUUCUUUGGGUCAUAUGAAGGUCGGGCCACUCUUGGCUGGCGUUUUGCAGAUCUGUCCAUUAGCAACCUGAGAUAUGAAGACAGUGGAUCAUAUGACGUGGAAUUAUUAAUUAACAACCAACACCUGACCAAAAGAUAUGAACUGAUAGUCAUUGACAAAGUCACCAAGCCUACCAUAUCCUGUGAAAUAAGCAAUGCAAGCACUUCUGAGUCACCAGGGAAGGCAACUCUGCUCUGCUCUUUACCAUCCCAUUCUGAUCAGUCCUCACUGAGGUUUCAGUGGAGCACAAAUGCAAAGAUUCAUCUCGGACACAUGCUGAAAAUUUCCCUUGGAGGUGAAUUUGAUGAUCGUCAGUACAACUGUACUGUAAACAACCCACUCACUCAAGAUUCAGCAGUGUUCUUUGCUAAGGACUGCUAUCCUGAGACAAAGGCUCAAGCCGGACUGAUUGCUGGUGUUGUUGUUGCUGUUGUUGUUGCUGUUCUACUGCUGAUUCUACUGCUGGUGGUCUUCUUUUGUCUUAAAAAAGUACGCUCAAAUCGUGAGAAGUCUGAUUUGGAAACUCUGUCAAAUUCUGGAUUUCCAAAAGCAACAUCUGGAAGUGAAGAAAGCCAGGGUCUUCUGGACAGAGCACCUACAUUACCCUCUAAACAUGCUCUUGGACACCUAAACCAAAGAAAUGACACCCCGUUGGAUCCUUCCCAAAAGGAUUCAGAGAAGAACAAAGUCCAAGACAGCAAAAUUCUUUUCUCUCCGUCGAUUAAACAACUUCGCACCUUAUUUGAGAAGGAGAAUGGAAAAGCUAAUGAAGCUGAGCCCAGAGAGGUUGUGGAGGAAGAAGUCUUGGAGAACAACCCUUCAGAUUCUGAGGCUAUGAAUCCUGAGCUAAUAGCUUUGCCAUCUGAAAGUAAUUCAGAGAAGAACAAAGUCCAAGACAGCGAAAUUCCUUUCUCUUCGCCGGUUAAACAACUUUGCAUGUCAUUUGAGACGGAGAAUGGAAAAGCUAAUGAAGCUGAGGUUGUGGAGGAAGAAGUCUUGGAGAACAACCCUUCAGAUUCUGAGACUAUGGAUCCUGAGCUAAUAGCUUUGUCAUCUGAAAGUAGUCCAGAGAAAAAUAACGAUGAGGACAAUAAAGCUUUAGAUCGUCCUCCGGUGCCUCCAAAAUCCAAACUUGUUCGGAAUCUCUCUGCAUUACAAAAAGUGACUAAAAAUACAAAUCCGAAAGUUAUCAAGAAGCAAAGUUUAGAUGACCCUGCUGAUUCUGGAAAUCCAAAUGAGGUGUCAAAUGAUCAGAGUUUAAGUGAAAAACCUGAAGACAGUGGAAAUUCAUCUCUUCCUGAGGCAUCACCCCGUCUUGGUCAUCCUUGUACGGAUGACAAAAAACUAGGGGAUGAAGAUAAAUUUCCAGACAUUUUGGAUAAAGAGGAUAUUCCUAUAGAUGCUGAAGAGACUAAGGAUGCUUUACCUGGCUCAGAGAAAAAUAAGGAUGAGGAUAACAGAGCUUCACAUCCUCCUUCAGUGUCUCAGAAAUCCAACCUUGUUCGGAAUUUCUCUGCACUAAAAAAAGCGACUGGAAAUACAGACCCAGAAGAUAAGAGACCAGUUUCAAAUGAUCCUUCAGAUUCUGGGAAUCCAAAUGAAGUGCCAGAAAAUCAGAAUUCAGGAAGUAAGAAAGAGGAGAAUGAGUUUGGAAAAUCAACCCCUGAAAAUGAUGUUCAGCCACCGCCUGUUGCCAAGGAGAAUUCUCCUUUGAGCCAAAACUCUCCAGAGAGUUCACCAAAGGCUGUACAUAAACAAGACAUCGACUCAGAUAAGUGUGCAAAGACAAGUAAUGGAGAAUCUUCUUCAUCAUCCAUAGAAGAAUCAGAAAACAGGGAGCAUGUUCUGCCCGCUUCCACUCCCAAAAAGACUGAUUCAGAAACAACAGUGGAGGAGCAACAGCCUGCUCUCUCUGAAACAGAAUCUGAAAUGGAGACCCUGCAAAAUAAGUGACCAACACCACCCAAACUAAGACAGCAAAUAUCCGUUUCCCGAUUCUCACAGAACAGAUUCAAGACCAAGAAAUAGACACUAAGCAGCAAUGCAAAGAGUUUUGAGAGUAACCUGAUCGAGAAAAUACAGUCUCAGAGGAAGAAGAAAAGAACAAGAUCAGACAUAGCACUACAAUCUGCUGAAGACAAAGAUUAACCUACGCAGACGAAAAUAUAAAGUAAGAGCUGCAGAGAGAAUAAAGAUGGGCAAAUUGUUGGAGCUCUCAGGCAACAUGACAAAUGGGCACAAUUCCAAGAGAAACCAACAAAUAAAGAAGACAGAUAGAAAGGAACAAAGACCAAAAUAAAAAGUAACAAGGAGUUUUAUUCUGAGAUAGUCAAGUUGAGAUAUUCUACAGUAAGCUGAAGAAAAAUGGGUGCUCCAUCUUUUUCUAAACAUGGACUUGCAAGUAUCAACCACAAGCUACACAGUAUGUGUUGAGGAAUUUUUAGUGAUGGAUCAAGACAAAGUGCAUAUUUUCUUCAUCAGAAGGAAAACAAUACAGUCAUUUUUUUUCGAGAAUGAAAAAUUUAAUGUGCAGUGUGUAUAUAACUUCAUCUCCCUGAUGAUAUAGUUUUAUAGAAUCAUCUUUUGCUUUGUAUAGCAAUACACUAAAAUGUUUCUCAUUCUGUUUUUCAAAAGCUCAAAGUCUGUCAGUUUCAAUGGAGAGCAUUUAUGAAGAUACAUAUUUAAGUCUUCUUAAUAACAUUUAGGCUGAUUCCACUGUAACACAUGAAUAUUUUAUCUAAACCAUUUUUAAUGCAUCUGUGGCUGCAUUAAUGUCCAGCCCUUUACAUCCUUUACCAGGUUUAUUUUCACUUAUUUUCCCAAUAACUUGAGCAGCAUCUUGUCUUGUAAAAAGUUUCCACAAAAGCUUGUUCAGGGGGUAGUAUUUUU